CAUUAUAGCCAUUAUAGCCAUUAUAGCCAUUAUAGCCAUUAUAGGUCUUAGUACUCGCUCUGAUAACGGGAUGGUAACCUUUGGUACGGCUGUGCUGCCAUCUUAGGCUCUAUAUGCUGACGCUGACAACCUUAAGAUGGCUAUAACAUUUAUUCUGAUUCUGUAUCUAACGCGGUCAUCCCCCUAUCCCUCUAUCGCAUACUUUUUUCAACUUCCGUGCUGCAUAUUUCGUUCCCUCCCUCUACCGGUCUGUCGUCACAAUGUCGAAGCGCUCAGUCUUCACGACAAUCACCCCGCUUCCACCGAGCGUCACCCGCCAGCAUGUCCUGGACACAUUCCACAACCACGUCGAGAUGAUCGACCUGAACCCCCUGGUGGAAGAGCGGCAUCGGAUCAAACCACCACCGAAAGCCACCCCGGAAGAGUUCCACUGCAUCUGGUACGAAGUGACGGAUCGCGUGCAAUACUUGCCCGGCGGCGUAUACUCCGGCAAAGUGUCGUACCCCGUCUGCUUCCACGACCUCCCCAAUGGCAUCCAGACUCAUUGCUAUGCGCCGAUGGGGCUACAGAUCAAAGGGAAAUGGUCGCUGGGUGGAUCUCUGCCGGGCGAGCCGCGAGAACCGGUUGAGAUGGGCCUCAACGUGCCUAUGGUCGGCUUAUACGUGCGGGAGGACGUCGACAUGAAGUGCAACAUCAUGUUGACCAAUUUCGUCAAGAAGACAUUCAAGAAGUCACACGCCGAGCUCGUCGCAAGGUUAUCCGUCAAGGCGCAACUCCAGGAGGCAGCUGCGACUAACAGCACCCUCGCCUCUCAGGCGACGUCGCCGCACUUGAGCUACGCGGGCUCCGUCCAUUAUUCUGUCGGACCCCCCGGCUUUCCUCCACAGAAUAUGUCGAUGUUCCCGCCGGGUCUGCAACCCCCACCUCACUACAGCCAGGGUCACGUGCAGCAGAACCAGUACCAGCCCUGUGACCCGCGAAUGUCCAUGCAGAGCUCGUUCGGACAGCAAUCUGUACAGGGCGCAUAUCAGCAGCAGCCACCGCCGUCGCAGUUUGCGCCUUCAGAGUUGUCGAAUACGGAGACAUCGAAACAGGGUGAUGCGAAGAAGGCGAAUAGCGCGCCGCCUACACAGGAGUCCCCCCCCGUCGAGCUGCCAUAAUGGGACACCUGAACCGAGUUGGAUUGCUGAUCCAGCAUUUCUUGUCUUGCCUGGGGACGGUGGUGGAAAGUAAUGAUCCUAUACCCGUGUGUUGGAGUGUUGCGUUGGGGGACUGGUUACAAAUGGCGUUACUGUUGUGACGAAGGCGAUAUUGGGCUGAUACUCUGGAUAGUAGGCGAAAGUAGUAUUAGAUACCUGAAAUGCAUCAAUCAUUGCUCUUA